AUGUUUUGCCAACAGAUGCGCGUCUCUUGGCAGAACUAUUCUGGGCAGAAUUGUCACUCUCUGCUUUCCAAGACAGAACGUUUUAACACAUUGAUGCGUACGUAUACAGCGUACGACUGUGAUUUAACGAACGUCUCUUUACGUGUGCGCGCAUGCGCGCGCCUUCCAUUACACGCACAAAUAUGUGACUGUCAUCGGACUCAGCCAACUUCAGCGAAGGUGGCGCCGGUAAGCGCUGAAGUAUCUGAGACCCUUCACGCAGUCAAAGAUGUGGAGCUGGCUGCAGAGGCGGUGGACGCCGAAGCAGAAGAAGCAUUGGCCGCUGUACAGGAAGAGAUCAAAGACGCUCCGACGGUGGACACGGUAACAACAGCUGAAGAAACAGAAGCUCGACUCGAUGAUAUUGUCGCUUCUCAAAUCGAUGAGGCAACUAGCGAGAGAGUGGCGACGGCUGUAAUGAAUGAGAUGCAGAAAGACACGAAGAUCAUUUCGGAAUCUACCGUAGUUGAAGCCGUAGCUGAGGCUGUCACAGAAGUGGAGAAGGCGGCCGAAGAAGCAGCCGCCGAAGCAGAAGCUACUGCCGAGGAAACUGUUGCUUCUACGGUAACAUCUGCAGAAGAGACAGUCCCGGCAGUGGAAAAAGUUGCCGAAGAGACCAUAGCAGCUGUAGAGAAGACCGUCGAAGAAGCUGUUCCGGCAGUGAAAACCGUCGCUGAAGAAACAGCUUCGGCUGCGGAGAAAGCUACCGAAGAGACCAUAGCAGCUGUAGAGAAGACCGUCGAAGAAGCUGUUCCGGCAGUGGAGACGGUCGUUGAAGAAACAGCUUCGGCUGCGGAGAAAGCUACCGAAGGGACUGUCGCUGCUGUGGAUAAUACCGUCGUAGAGGCUGUUCCAGCAGUCGCUGAAGAAAAUGCGACAGUAGUGGAACAGGCUACUGAAGAAGUUGUUAAAGAAGUAGAAAAAGUUGUUGAAGCGGCCGCCCCGGAAGUGGAAACUGUCACUGAAGCCGCUAACCCGGCAGGAGAAGAAACAACGACGGGAGAAGAGAGUAUCCCACAACAGACAGGGGCCACAGAAGCUGAGAAACCCACAGAACCAUCGACAGAGGUUGUGGCAAAUGAAGCGACUGUCACUGAAUUGGAAACAACAGCUGGAAGUGUAGCCGAAGCAGCAGCAACUGAAGAAAAAACAAAUGAAGAACCAGCGGUCGAACCCACAGCAGCAGCAGAAGCCGAUGCGCCCGCGCCAGCAGACGAAUUCGCUUUUCUCUCAACAUUCGAUUCCAACGUGGCGCGAUGCCUCAAGCGUGUAACUCUAUCUAUCUAUCUAUCUAUCUAUCUAUUUGUGUUCAUUACCUGUCCAGUCAGUUUUUAUUUAGCUUUAUUUUGA